AUUUCCGGUGAAUUUUACCUCUGAAUUCGGUAGUCAAUGCUCGCCGCCAAUUCGAUGUCAAUUUCAUCUCUCAAUUCUUGUUUUCCAGUUUUCCGGAGGUCUGCCACCGGACCGCGACGAAACGCCGGGACUAGGGUUGCUGCUCAACCGCCGACGCUCGCUAUUCUUUCAGACCCGCACGUUCUCCGCCUAGCGGAGACUCUCGAAGACCACCUCUCGGCUUCAUCUCCGCCGCCACCGCCGCCUCUACAGAAACUCAGAGAUAUCUCCUCCGAAUCGCUUCUCUCCACGCCAUGGCCUUCCAGAAAAGACGAGCCUUUCCGAUUUACAGACACUUCUUACAUCAGGAAUUCAGAAAUUCAGCCGGUAUCACCUUACUCUUCCCAAUCUCUAGGUUUUUUAGGAGCAGAUACAGACGCCUUUUCGCCUAGUCUUGCUAUUGUCGAUGGAUAUUAUGUGGAGUCUCUGUCAAAACUGCCUGAAUUGCCAGAAGGAGUGUUCGUCGGCCUUUUAUCGAAUAUAGAUUCCGAUAGUAUAAUGAAGAAGGUGUCUGAAUACGUAGCCAGUUUUGAAGGGGAUCUAUUUUGGUCACUGAAUGGAGUGGGUGCUCCUGAUGUGAUUGUUGUGUAUGUGCCAGAGGGAUGUAAGGUUGAGAGUGCUUUACAUUUGAGAUUCUUUUCAUUAAAUGGGAGUGAUAGGAACUCUAAAACUCUUCCUGUUUCGAAUCCAAGAGUGUUGAUGAUGGUGGAGAAAGGUGGGGAGAUUGAUAUAGUGGAGGAGUACAGCGGCGGAGAUGGGAAUGAUAAGUGCUACUGGACUAAUUCUGUAAUGGAAGUCGUCGUUGGGGAGGGAGCCAAGGUCAGCCAUUCUUACAUCCAAACACAGUCCUUGGGCGCUGCUCAUGUUAAAUGGACUUCAGUUCGGCAGGAAUCGAGCAGUGUCUAUCAGCAAAUUGAAUUGAGCACCGGUGCGAAAUUGAACAGGCACAAUGUCCAUGUGCAGCAAGUAGGCCCUGAUACAUUAACAGAGCUAUCGACAUUUCACUUAUCCAGCGGCGAUCAGUUACAAGAUUUGCACAGCAAGCUGAUAUUGAAUCAUCCGCGAGGCGUUUCCCGGCAGAUUCACAAGUGCAUCGUCGCGCACUCCUUAGGACAGGCUGUUUUCGAUGGGAAUGUACAGGUUAACCGAGAGGCUCAGCAAACAGAUGCCGGACAACUCACAAGAAGCCUCCUUUUAGAGCCGCGAGCAACGGUCAAUGUGAAACCCAAUCUCCAAAUCAUUGCAGACGACGUUAAGUGCUCCCAUGGCGCAGCAAUCAGUGAUUUGGAAGAGGAUCAGCUGUUCUACUUCCAAGCACGAGGUAUCGACUUAGAAACUGCGAGAAAAGCUCUGAUAUUUUCGUUCGCAGCCGAGGUUGUACAGAAGUUCCCUCACAAGUCCAUCCAGAAAAAGGCUGAGAGCCUCAUAAGAAACUUGCUGGAUCCAACGCCUACAUCUGCUUAAAAGCAUCAAUUAACAGUGUAAGUUAUGUGUUGUGAUUCUUGUACUACUGCUACUCUUGUAACUUCGAAUACAUUUUUGCAGAUGGAUCAAAUAAUGGCUGAAGCCACAAUGGUUGUUCUCGUUGGUUUAAUGAUGUAAGAAUAUGUCAAAGCAAAAGUUGGUUUGAUAACGA